AUGGCCCACGCAAUCUCUGCGCUCGUUCUUCUUUCUCUGCUCUCGCUAGGAAUUGCGCAACCAAACCCAACGGUGAUCAGCGUUCCUAACGGAAGCCCAUGGGGUAGCUGGGGCAGAGUUGACCGGUGUCCAUCUGGUCAUGUGGCCAGAGGAUUCUCCAUCAAGGCCGAACCAAUCCAGGGUAGGGGAGACGAUACAGCCGUGAACGGGAUUCAACUUCGCUGCGUCCCUCGUUCUGGUGCUUUUUAUGAAGUCCCGAUUAAGUCUGCAGAAGGAAAGUGGGGCAGCUGGUCUUCCUCUUUAUGGUGUCCUGAUGGCUACCUUAGAUCUUUCUCCUUAAAAGUGGAGGCACCACAAGGCAGUGGGGAUGACACUGCGGUCAACAACAUCCAAUUUAGGUGCUCGAACAAUAACGUACUGGAAGGAAGUGGACUCCCGUGGGGAACAUAUGGACCAUGGAGCAGGUCUUGCCAAACAGGAAUAUGUGGUAUUCGGACCAAAGUAGAACCACCACAAGGUGAUGGAGAUGACACGGCCCUCAACGAUGUUGAGUUCUAUUGUUGCCCGACUUAA